UGAUAUUUGACUUAUAUAGAUGGUGAAAGACCAGUAUACAUUGAUAUUUUGUGAGAAUAUAACACAUAGAAUCGUCCAGGAAAGUACUAAUAUACCAUACAAUGGAAAUACCUUGAUAAAUGUAGAUUUAUUUUCUGUUGACUUUUGACCUUGGUAUGACCUUGAAAAGCAGGAAGUGAAAAAAAUAAAAAUGAGUUGGAAUCCAUUUAGGCGCAGUAAGAUCGAGAAAAGAGCAAUCAGCACAACAGAGGAGAGAGAAUUUGAAAGAGAGGUCAAAAGAAUACAACAGCUUGAAGAAAACUCAAAGAAACUGUACAAAGAACUGAAAAAGUAUGAAACUGCUUUAGAUGUUGCUUCUCGAAGUGAAUGCAGUUUAACCUUACAUCUGUGUGAGUCUAUCAAUCUCAUGGACACAUCUCAGUCAAUGUCCCAGCAGCCACUUGGACUUUUAAAAUCUACUGUUUGGCACUUAGAUCCGGAAGCCAUGACGAAGGUUGAAAGUAGGGUGUCUCAAGAUGUCCUUAAGGUGAAAUUCAAGCCAGAUGAGUCUAAUAAGGGAAUAAGAAACUAUGCAGAUGAAUGGAACAGAGCAUCACAGAGACUGGAAAAUCAACAAAAAGUAUUGACUUUUAACUGCCACAAAGGUGUUUCAGAACCAAUCAAAAAAUAUAUCGGCCACUUCCCUCAGGUGUAUAGUGCUAUAAAGAAGCGAGAGGCUGCUCUUCAUGAAUACAAUAAAAGUCAGGCUAAAGUCGACAAAUACCAGGAUAAAGAUAGAACUGGAGCCAAUGUAGUUAAAUUAGAUACAUAUAAAAAAGGCCUAGUGCGGUCUAAAGAUGAGUACGAGAGAAAUCACAAACACACGAUGCGUGUAAUGCCAAGUAUGUACGACUACCGGGAGGACUACUUCAAGCCUUGUUUAGCAGUACUUGUAAAUUCUCAGGCAAAUUAUUACACAGAAUCUUUAAAAAUCUACUCAGAGAUGGCAAACGAGACCGGUGAUAUCUCAAACUCUGAACAAAUACAUCAUAGGACUCAGGACACAUUAAAACAGAUCAAAGCAUUAACUAUAGUGGCGGAUGAUUAGUGUUGUGUGACUGAGGGUGUUAAAUUAUUGGAACCAUUUACACAUGUUGAAAGUAUUACUACAGUAAAACCAAUCUUAUUGAACACAUCUCUAGAGAAUACCUGCCCUUUAUGAAGAACAUUUCUUAAGACAUACACCAUUGACUUUUUCAUAAAAAUUCUCACUAAAGUGAAUACAAACUUGUAACGAUGCAUGUGGCUGCAAAAUUGUUCACUCAAUACACAGGUUUUACU